UGUUGUCCUGUGUAUCUUGUUAACUGUAGGAUAUGGUUUUUCAAUUAUUUAGAAAAAUACCUUUCAAGUUAAUCUCUCGCACGUUUCAUUCAUUUCAAAAGAUGACUGACAGCGAUGUACGAGCCCUCUGUGACGAGUUCUGGCAGUGGAGAAUGCGACAGAGCCCCGAGUUUGCAUCAUUCUGUGGAGAUCAGCGGUAUUCUCAUCUGUUAGAUGAGAUCGAUACGAAAGCUUUUCUCAGUUUUGAGUCAGAUGUCUGCAAGCUUUUGAAAAAUGCAGAAGAUAUACAAGUGAACAAUUUAUCAAGCAGUUGCAAGACUGACUUGCUUCUAAUGAAGGAUCAACUGCAGACAUUUCAAAAUGGAAUGGCAUACAAGGGUUGGUAUUUUCCAAUCAACUUUAUGGAAGGCUUGCAUGCUGAUGUUCCUAAGGUUAUAAGCAUGUGCCCAGCUAAUACAGAGGAAGACUUCAGAAAUCUGAAUAAAAGAAUUGAAUGCUAUGGGAAAAAGGCAAAAAGUUGUAUACAGAUUUUAAAGGAAGGUGUUGAAAAUGGCUAUGUUAAUCACCGAUACUCUGUAGAAAUAGUACCAGAUCAAAUAAACGAGAUGAUCAGUGCUGACCUUACCCCAGAAAAAGACGCCUUUCUUUCUCCUUACAAGAAGUGUCCAACAGGGAAUAUAGAAUCCACAAUAUGGGAUAAACUCUUGGAGGAAGCCAAAGACAUAGUCAGAUCAUGUGUGAGACCAAACUUUAAAGACCUGGCCGAAUACAUAAAAAAUGACUAUAUGAAACACACCCGCCCAAGUAUUGCUCACAGCUCCCUCCCCAAUGGCCAGGCCCUGUAUCAAGCCUGUCUGGAUUUCCAUCUCUCCCUCUCAAUGACCCCAAAGGAGGUGUUUGACCUUGGGCAGGCAGAGGUAGAGAGGAUCACCCAGGCAAUGAGGAAAAUUGCCAGAGAGGAGGGAUAUGGAGACAAUAUAGCCAAGUUCAAGGAAGCGCUUGGGAAAAGAGAAGAAUUUUUCUUUAAAACUCCUGAAGAUCUUUUGGAAUAUGUCAACCACAUCUGUCGAGAGGAAAUCCAACCUAAAUUACCUAUGUUAUUUAAAGAAUUUCCAAGCUCUAAACUAAGAAUUGAACAGACCCCUCCUCCGAUGGCCAGUGGUCCUGCCGCAUUUUACUUCAGUGGUUCUCCAGACGGAUCCAGACCUGGAGUAUACUUCAUCCGAACAACAAACCUGAAAGGAAGUCCAAAGUAUGAACUGAUGGCUCUAAGUCUGCAUGAAGGGGAGCCAGGCCACCAUUUUCAGACAAUGACUUCAAUGGAGAUGAAGGACAUCCAUGCCUUCAGGAGAGCUCAGGAAGACAUGAACUAUGCAUGGGUGCCCUCUAGAUUUCCUUUGUAUACUGCAUAUCUAGAGGGAUGGGGUUUGUAUUGUGAGUAUCUUGGAGAAGAACUUGGAAUGUACAAAGACAACUACUCUCUAUUUGGAAGAUACUGUAUGGAGAUAAUGAGAGCAGCACGGUUAGUGGUGGACACAGGAAUGCAUGCUUUUGGCUGGUCCUAUGAAAAAGCUCUUAACUUCUUGGAAGAGAAAACUUUUUUGGAUAGAAAAUCCCUGGAGAUGGAGUGUAAACGAUACAUAACCAUACCAGGGCAGGCAUGCGCUUACAAAGUGGGGGAAAUCAAGAUCAAGCAACUCAGACAAAAAGCCAUGGAAGCAUUAGGGGACCAAUUUGAUGUUAGGGAUUUUCAUUCUGUGAUUUUGAGAUGUGGGGCUGGACCAAUGAGUUUUCUGGAACAGGAAGUUGACGAAUACAUUAGACAAAAACUUAUAAAAUAGUGACAUUUAAUCUGAUACACCAUUAUUACAUGUAUAUUCAAAUAUGCUAGUCUUAUGCUCUUGAACGAAUGUAUCCCAUUUCAUUGAAUAUAUCUCUUGACAUAUUCAUUGAAUAUGUCUCUUGGGCAUUAUUUGUUUGAAAUAGUUUUUUUUAUGUACAUUGUCUUUUGUUGUUUGGUUAGUUAAAAAAUUUGAUUCAGCUAUAAACUGGAUUAUAUAGUUAACGGUUUAUAAACAAUAAAGAGGAGGAAUAUUUUAAAUUGAAAAUAUCUGAAAUGAAUAAUAUGAUUGUGUACAUAUAAGUUAGUUUUGAAAUGAGAUUUAUGUUUUCUUUAUAGAGGUGCAAUAAGAAACAAAUCUCAUGUGCGUAUACACAGGAGUUGUAAAUGCAUUAAGUUUAAACCAAACUGAAAAUGAAUCG